CAUCACCUACGUCACAUUUAUAAACAACAUUUACUUCAUUGACAGAAGCUCGCCAAGUUAGCUGUGUUUUUUGUUGUUGUUGUUGUAUAUCUGCUUGCUCAUGUUUACAACCGAGCCCACAAAGGAAUAUACUUAGCUGUUUUGAUUCUAACGCCAGCGAGGAGUGGAGUGGACUUGCCGUCAGUUACUUUUUUAAAAGCCGCUCACAGCUGCUCUGGGGGGCGGAGUGCCUGCAAAGUGCUGCGCCGAUUGGGGCGCUCGAUCGGGGGAAGAGAGAUGGCGUGCUUGUUGGAGGCCCCUCUCCGCAUCAGUGUGCUGUCUGAAGUUACUGCCACUAGUCGCCAUUAUGUUGACCGACUCUUCGACCCCGAACCACAGAAAGUGCUCCAGGGAGUCAUUGACAUGAAGAAUGCCGUCAUAGGAAACAACAAGCAAAAGGCCAAUCUGAUCGUCCUCGGAGCUGUGCCGAGGUUACUAUACCUGCUUCAGCAGAGCUCGUCCAGUCUGGAGCUGCGGACCGAGUGUGCCGUGGUGCUGGGCAGCCUAGCGAUGGGCACGGAGAACAACAUCAAGUCCCUGGUGGACUGUCACAUCAUCCCUGCCCUUCUUCAAGGUCUCCUGUGUCCGGAACUGAUCUUCAUUGAAGUGUGUCUUCGAUGUCUCAGAACGGUCUUCAUCAGUCCCGUCACCCCUGUGCAGCUGCUCUAUACGGACCCCACUGUGAUUCCCCAUCUAAUGUCUCUACUGAGCCGCUCCCAGAGGACCCAGGAGUACAUCACACAGAUCUUCUCCCACUGUUGUAAGACCCCAGAGCACCAGACGGUUCUUUUCAACCACGGCGCUAUCCAGAACAUUGCCCCUCUACUUAUCUCACCCUCUUAUAAGGUCCGGAUGCAGGCGUUAAAGUGUUUCUCAGUCCUGGCCUAUGAGAACACUCAGGUCUCCAUGACACUGGUGAAUGUGCUGGUGGAUGGCGAGCUGCUCUCUCAGGUAUUUGUCAGAAUGAUGCAAAGGGAUCAACCCAUUGAAAUGCAGCUAACGGCGGCCAAAUGUCUAACGUACAUGUGUCGAGCGGGGGCCAUCAGGACAGACGACAGCUGCGUAGUCCUAAAGACCCUGCCGUGCCUCGUGCGGAUGUGCAGUAAAGAGCAUUUGCUUGAGGAGAGGGUGGAGGGUGCAGAGACGCUGGCCUACCUGAUGGAGCCCGACGUGGAGCUGCAGAGGAUCGCCAGCACCACCGACCACCUGGUGGCCAUGCUGGCCGACUACUUCAAAUACCCCAGCUCUGUGUCUGCCAUCACGGACAUCAAGAGGCUGGACCAUGACCUGAAGCAUGCACACGAGCUGAGACAAGCAGCUUUCAAACUUUACGCCUCACUAGGCUCCAACGACGAGGACAUCCGCAAAAAGAUCACAGAGACAGAGAACAUGAUGGACCGGAUAGUCAGUGGCCUAUCAGAAUCCAGCAUUAAAGUCCGUUUGGCGGCCGUAAGGUGUCUUCACAGUCUGUCGCGGUCGGUGCAGCAGCUGAGGACCAGCUUCCAUGACCACGCGGUGUGGAAGCCCCUCAUGAAGCUGUUGCAGAACGCUCCGGAUGAAGUCCUGGUCAUGGCCUCCUCUACACUAUGCAAUCUACUGUUGGAGUUCUCUCCCAGCAAAGAGCCCAUCCUGGAGUCGGGGGUGAUUGAGUUACUAUGCAGUCUGACCCAGAGUGACAGUCCUGCUCUGAGGGUCAAUGGCAUCUGGGCUCUGAUGAACAUGGCAUUCCAGGCAGAUCAGAAGGUGAAGGUGGAGAUCGUUCGGAGUUUGGGUACAGAGCAGUUGUUCCGCCUGCUAUCAGACCCCGACUCUAACGUGCUGAUGAAGACCCUCGGUCUGCUGCGCAACCUGCUGUCAACACGCCCACACAUUGACCAGAUCAUGAGUUCUCAUGGGAAGCAGAUCAUGCAGGCAGUGACGCUCAUCCUGGAAGCGGAGCACAGCAUAGAGGUCAAAGAACAGACGCUGUGCAUCCUGGCCAACAUCGCCGAUGGCAACACAGCCAAGGAACUCAUCAUGACCAAUGACGACAUGCUCCAGAAAAUCAAAUAUUACAUGGGCCAUUCGAAUGUCAAACUGCAGCUCGCUGCCACCUUCUGCAUCUCGAACCUUAUCUGGAAUGAGGAGGACGUUCAAGCAGUGGUCAACAGCGAUUGUUCCCACAAAGGUCAGCACAGCUCAGGUUCUCAGGAGCGUCAGGACAAGCUGAGGGAGAUGGGCUUUGUGGACAUCCUGCACAAACUCACCCAGGCCUCGGACCCCAACCUCUGCGACAGGGCGAAGACGGCGAUGCAGCAGUACCUAGCGUGACUACAGAGGGGAGAGAUCCCCUACUGCCAGCCUCACUAACAAUCGCCGGGAGGACACCUGCCAUCGGUCCUUUUUUUGUUUCUUGUUAUUCUUUAACGUCGAGGCUUGUUUUGUUGCACAAAGACACCUGGCCUCCCUUUCACCCCCCACACCCCCCACACCCCCCACCCACCCCCGCAACAGUUUAGCUCACUCCAAACCUCGCCUGGGAGACUCUGAGACUGUGGUUGUUAGGAAAUCAACGGUUAUGAGGGGUUUGCUUGAUAAUUUUUUUUGUUUGUUUUAGUUUUCAACAAUGAAGUGACAUUUUUUUUUUCGUUUUGGGACUUUAUGAUUUUUUGUCGGAGGGCGGCAGCCUGACCCCAGCGCCCCCUUGGUGCUUUUGGACUCCCGAUAGCGGAGAUUCUGCUCUCAGAGAAGCGGACUACGAGGUUUGACAAAGAGCAGAGCUGUUGGACAGCAAAGCUUCCCAGUUUUAUUUUUAAUUAAUAUUACUAUUAAUAAUAAUGUUUCCUUAAGGUGUUGCGAGCAAGGACACAUUUGGGAAAACAAAACUGCCUAUUUUGAAAUUUUGGGUGUUUUUUUUUUUUUUUUUGUGGAUACAUACCUCGUAAAUAUA